AUGUCAAGCCCUAGAAUCGGGAGACGUGUUGGAUCGAUGAGUCCUUCUUCCUCGUCGAGAAACUGGACUGUUAGGAAGAAUCUCCUAAUCUUCAAAAACCGGAACAACAAUACAGAUAUCGAGGAAGGUGUGGCUUUGGCGUCUUAUGGCAGAGAUAACAAGCCUCUCAUUCCAAGAACAUGGUCUCUCACUAAUCUCUUAACCCCUAAAAAGUCUAGAAAGACGGAAUCUUUACCGGUAUCCCCUGUAGCUCACUCUAAUCCUGAGUCCAUGCGCGGGAGCCACACGGUGAAAAGAGAGAAUCCACUGCCGAUUCGCCGUUCGCGCUCUGUCCCAACGCUCAUCGACAAAGAUGGGAGUGUAAAGCCGUCAGGGUUACUCCGAGUGAUUCCCACUCCAUCUCGUGUGGAGAUGAUGCAGGCAUCCAAAACGAAUGCGAAUGAUGAUGGCGGAGAAGAUGUUCCGGAAGAAGAAGCUGUGUGUAGAAUCUGUAUGGUUGAGUUAGGAGAAGAUUCAGAGGCUUUCAAGAUGGAAUGUUUGUGCAAAGGGGAACUAGCUCUUGCCCACAAAACGUGCACCAUUAAAUGGUUCUCAAUCAAAGGGAACAUCACAUGCGAUGUGUGCAAGCAAGAGGUGAAAAAUCUCCCCGUGACGCUUCUCCGUGUGCAGGAUUCUCAAAACCGGUCUAGAGCAGCCGAGAAUAUCGAGAAUUCGCAGUUCAGCGAGUGGCAGGACGUGCCGAUUCUUGUCAUUGUAAGCAUGUUGUCAUACUUUUGUUUCCUCGAGCAGCUUCUGGUCACGGAUUUGAAAUCUAGCGCCGUCGCAAUAGCUUUUCCGUUCUCCUGCGUUAUCGGUCUUCUUGCAUCGAUGACAUCAACAGCAAUGGUGAAGAAGAAGUAUGUGUGGAUCUUCGCAGCCGUUCAGUUCAGUUUCGUGGUCCUUUUCGCUCAUCUGUUCUACUCCGUCAUUAUUAAGCAGCCGGUUAUGUGCAUUGUCUUAGCCACCAUGGUCGGAAUUGGACUCACCAUGUCCGGUACAACCGCGAUUAACGAGUAUAUGAAAUGGAGGAGAAGCCAUGCCCACCAGCCAGCCGAGCCAGCAAGUACUCAGGUGGAGCCACCACCGUCUCAGGCAGCAGCAGAGUAG